AUGGAGGAGUCGAGCGGCAAACAACUAAUGGCCGGUUCGAUAGAACCAACGAACACUGCCGGGAAUUCACCAAAAUAUGUCUGCACUAUCGAACGGGUGUCAAGUGGGCCGGUACGCUUGGGAAUAAUACCAAUCCAGGUGGAAAUUCCACGUGGCAUGGUCCAAGCCGUGGCUUUUCUAGACAGUGGAUCGGAUACCACCCUCGUGAGAGAAAGCUUCGCACGAGAACACGACCUUGGAGGACAAACCACCUCAUUGGUAAUCAGCACGGUAAAUGAAGCACGAGCAGUUCGAGCUUCUCAACUGAGUUUGAAGUUCGCUCCCACAUCGGGCGAGGAUACGAUACAGGUGCAUCAGGCAUUUACUAUCGCCGAAAUAUCAAUGAGACCUUCCAAAAGUAUCCGGUCGUUAGCGUGGCGCUGGCCUCACCUCCACGUUCUGGCGUUUGAGAAUGUUCCGGACACCCGAGUGGACAUAUUGAUCGGCUGUGAUGUACCCGAGGCGCAAUGGGUUCUGGAUCAAAGGACAGGAGACCGUAGAGAUCCGUAUGCUGUGCGCACGAUGUUUGGUCGGAUACUCUGCGGACCGCUCGGUCAUGAUGGUAAUUAUUCCGCCUCGAUCAACUUCAUCUCGCGGUCAGAUAAUCGCAUAGAACACGACCAGUAUCGGCUUUACAACCACGAGUUCGGCGACAUAGCAGACGACCGAGCAGCCCUGGCUGUCAAUGGCGUCUAUGGAAAGGGUGGUAUUAUUGGAGACUUUAAUCCCCCCGAGAUCGAAUGGACUACUGAAAGCGCUACACUGGAGUUGUUUGGCAGAAGCCCAAUUCAGAUAUUGCAUCCUAAUGCUCUGUUCCAACAUUUCAUCGGAGAGAACGGAUGA